CCAAACUAAUAUUUACCAAGAAUUAAACCUGUGACCUCCAAUGCGAAUGUGCUAAAGUCCCAUUGGUCCUAAAAAUAAUUUAAAUGAUGAUGAAAGGUAUACCUAAUAAUUUAUCACCGUCUCUCGCGUGAAUUGUUGUAGCAACCAAAAUCAGUCCAUGAAAUCUGCCGAUACACUCCAACAAACCCAGCCCAGCAGUGUCAAUAAUUUUGCAAACAUUCGCUCGGGAAUUUCCAGAGUGGAGAGGCUCAAUGAUCAAGGGCCAGCAGCAAAUCAUUCAAGUGCUGGUUAGAAGAUAGGAAAGAGUUUCAUAAAAAAAUAGAAGAAAACCCUGCCGGUAAAUACAGCUUAUACUUGUGGCUCCUCUUUGGCAACCAUGCUCCAUCCUGUUUAUGCACCAACUGCUACUCAUGUGAUGAUGGAAAGGAACGAAAGUGAUGAAAAGAUAACUGGAUUUAUAUUUUUGUGCAAUGGAGAAACAAAACCUGAGUGCUACCGCUAUCGUGUUUUUGGGCUGCCUCGGGGAAAUUUAGACAUAGUUGAGAAAAUCAAACCGGGUACAAAGCUCUUUCUAUUUGAUUUUGGCAUGAAGCGCCUUUACGGCAUCUACACUGCUAUUUCCAGGGGAGGGAUGAAUUUGGAACCAGCUGCAUUUAAUGGGAAAUUUCCAGCACAGGUGAGGUUUAAGAUCGUCAGUGACUGCUUACCUCUUGCUGAGAGUGCCUUGAAACAUGCCAUUAAAGACAACUAUCAGGGUUCUAAGUUCAGGCAAGAGUUGAGUACUGAACAAGUGAAAACUUUAGUAUCACUGUUCUGGCCAAUUGAUUUGCCGCCAUCUAUAUCUGUGGUGCCCAUUGUUGCAAAUGUGGCUCCAGCGCAUGCAUUUCCUUCUGCAAUUACGGUGGAGAGGGUUCUACCAUCUGCAAGGCCAUAUUCUCUUUAUUUGCCCGGGGCAACCCAUCCCCGCACCUUGCCUGGGGGAUGGGUUCAACCUACUAAGCACCUCCAUUAUGUUCAUCAAAAUACUCUUCCUCAGAGUAACCAGAAAUACUCAGCCGAAGCACCUCAGUCUACUUAUGAUCCUCAAAGGAGUUAUGAGGUUGCAAUGGAGACGGGUCCGAGGAACCAUGUUGCCAGGCAUGAAAAUCAGUAUCAUGUGCCCCAGUUACCAAGGGAGAGAGAUACUGUUUUGCUUUCAGACAAUGUAGCCAAUUAUUAUAGUCAAUACCUCCCUUCUGCAACAACCUCGCGUAUUUCAUCUCAGGAACAGGGUUUAGCACCAAGCUAUGCUUUGCCAGCAUCUUCCAGUACGCAACAGCCGUUGCAAUCAACUUAUCAAUCUCACUACACUCCAUUAAUUCACGAGAAUCAAGGUCUAGUAUACAAUGAUCAUCUUCAGUGGUCAAUGCUUGGAACGUCUGGUGCGGCUGAAGCCUAUGUACCAGUCUCUGCCCGGUAUUCCUUUGCUGGAGCAGCUUCAUCUUACCAGUAGUGCUUGGAAGGGGGGGAAGCUUUUAUCAAGCUGAUGUGUUGUUACUCGGGCUUGGUUUUAUGAUGGGUAUAUAUGGCAAAGUGUUCAAUCAUCUGAUAUGAUUGUUUUCCAAGAGUUUUUUUCUGGUAUUCUAAUGCUGUAGUUAAUCUUCUUUGCUUAAACGUUCUGCCACGUUAUGCUGGUUGCAAUGAAAAUGAAGUAAGAGGAUGUAGAUAUCCCAUGCA